AUCCGGAACCAAAUCCAAGCAAGCUCCAGCAAGGCUCCGCAUUAGAGUGGGAUGUAAUGACUCGGUCAUCCUUGAUUAUUGGAGCUCCGGGUAGACGAGGAAGAAGGUAGGCCAAGGACAGAGAUGCUGCAGCGUGCUGCUAGCAAUGCCUACUCAUGGUGGUGGGCCAGCCACAUCAGGACCUCCCAAUCCAAAUGGCUUGACAACAACCUCCAAGAGAUGGAGGAAAAGAUGAAAUCAAUGCUGAAAAUUAUUGAUGAGGAUGCUGACUCUUUUGCAAAGCGGGCAGAGAUGUACUACAAGAAGAGGCCAGAGCUGAUGAACUAUGUGGAAGAGACAUACAAGGCAUACAAAGCAUUGGCUGAGAGGUAUGAUCGCAUUUCCGGAGAACUGCACAAGGCCAAUCACACCAUAGCCACUGCAUUUCCUGACCAAGUCCAGUUUGCAAUCCAAGAUGAAGACGAUGAUGGUUUGCCGAAAGCAAUCACUUCCAUUGAUUCCAGUAAGAUUCACAAAGCACCUGCAGAAAUCCCUCAAAUCAGCUCAAGAAACAAAACCAGGCAGGAGGACCAGCAGACAGAUAUUAAGAAGCUCAAGCACAGGAGAGUGACUUCUCAGAUUAGCAAAGAGAAGGCACAGGAAGAGAUUGACAGGCUUCAAAAAGCAAUCUUGGUCCUUCAAACUCAGAAAGAGUUUAUCAAAAGCUCUUAUGAGAGUGGAUUCACAAAGUACUUGGACAUAGAGAGGGAGAUUUCAGAGAUGCAAGAAGAGGUCUGUUUCUUGCAAGAUCAUUUCAGUACUAGCUCAGUCAUUGAUGAUAAUGAAGCAAGGGCCUUGAUGGCUGCAGCAGCACUCAAGUCGUGUGAGGAUACCUUAGUUAACUUGCAGGAACAACAAAACAGAACGGCACAAGAGGCAUGGGUAGAGUCUGAGAGAAUUAAGAAAGCCGAGCUGAGGUUAAAAGCUCUCAGUGGGCAACCUAGCAGUCAGCCUUCUCAGAUGGAGAAUAGAAAAGAUUUCUCUGAGAAGCAUGAGCAUGUAUGCGUUCUGAAACCAGAGCGGCUUGAGUUACAGUCGUUUUGUGAUAAAGUUAAGCAACAUUUUGAGAUGAAUUCAGAAGCAUCAGUUGUGGAUCUUGCAGAGAAGAUUGAUGAGCUGGUGGAGAAAGUCAUCAGUUUGGAACUCACUAUUUCAUCACAGAAUGUGGAGAUAAGGAAGUUGAGAUCAGAAACUGAUGAGCUUCAUAAGCACCUGCAGGGUUUGGAAGAUGAGAAAGCAGCCCCAACCAAUGAUGCAAACAUUCUCAGUGCAAGGUUGAAACAAGCAGAAGAGAAGCUACAAAUGAUUCAACAUCUUGAGAAAUGUGUCAAGGAUGAAAAGAACAUCCUCACUACUCACUUCACUGAAGCUUGCCACAGCCUUAAUCAUCUAUCCGAGAAAUUGCUGUCUCCCAAUUGUCAACAAGAUCAAGUUAAAAAUGAGGUAGCUAUAAUUCCAAAUCACAAAGGCAAGGAGGCUAAUGUAGAUGUAGAAAGCUGCACUCACUCUAAGUUUGAAUCCCAGCCUGAAAAUACUUCAGAAAAAGAAGUUCCCUGCAUUCAGGACAUACAGGAGAAGGAGAAGAUAGGUUCUAAAGUUCUCGGAGAUUCAAGUGGCUUAAAGGUUCUCAAAGAGAAAUCUUUAUCUGAAGCAGAUGAUAAUGUUAGCCUAAGUGAUGAACCAGAUGAUCAAGAGUUGCAGCAAUUACUGUUGAAUGGAGUGGAGGGCAGAGAAAAAAUUUUCGCUCAGUACACAUCAAUCCUUCGGAACUACAAGGAAAUGAAGAAGAAGCUCUCAGAAGUUGAGAAGAAAAACCAGGACUCUCUUGCAGAAAUCAUUGCACAACUGAGGGAAUUGAAGAGUUCCAAUGCAAUGAAAGAUGAAGAAAUUCGAUUGUUGAGAGAAAAUUCUCAUGAAAACAAUGACCCCUCUCUGAUGAAAACCGGAAACCCAUUCCUUAACAAGCUUGAGAGUUUUUCUCGGUUCUCUAAAUUAACUGCUCUAAGUUCCAAGCGAAGAAACAUUGAGACACCAGAAGAUCAAAAUGCAGAGUCGAAAGCUGAUGUUGCAGAUGCUGCAACCCCUCCUUGUGAAGAAAUCAGUGUACAUUGUGCUGAAGAACCACACCUUCCUUCGCCAAUUGAAGAAAAAUUCAGAAAAGACAUUGAUGCCGUGCUUGAGGAGAACCUCGAGUUCUGGUUGAGAUUCAGUGCAACAUACCACACUGUGCAGAAACUCCAGACUACAUUUGAAGAACUACAGACUGAGGUUGAGAAGCUCAAGGAUAGCAAGACACCAGAGAGCACCACAGCUUCAGGAUCUUCUUCUUCUCCAUUAGAUAAACGGCUAAGAGAAUUGAAGACUGAGCUCCAGGUAUGGUUAGAACAAAAUGCAAUGCUCAGAGGUGAACUGAAGCAGAGAUUCUCAUCCCUCUGCGAAAUACAAGACGACAUUGCCGGAGUUCUUAAGGAGAGUACAGAAGGCGGAGAAGUUCAACUCACUUCUUAUCAAGCUGCAAAGUUCCAAGGUGAGGUCCUGAACAUGCAGCAGGAGAACAAUAAAGUCUCAAAUGAACUACAGGCAGGAUUAGAUCAUGUGAGAGGUCUCCAAGUUGAAGUGGAGAAGGCAUUAUCAAAACUGCAAGAGAGCUUUGAAAUCUCUGGUCCAAGAAGCAGCCAUGGCAAUCACCACCAGUUCCCUCCCAUGAGGAACUUUUCCAGCAAGACAAAGAUACCUCUGAGAUCCUUCCUUUAUGGUGUCAAGCCUAAAAGGCCAUCAAUAUUUUCAUGCAUGAGCCCUGCAUUGCAAAAGCAAUACAGUCACAUGCGAGCUGGCUUUCCAACAUGAAUUCACUUCCAUUUUAUAAAACUUUUUUGACUCAAACUUGUGGUUUGAUUCACACACUGAUGAGUCAUUGCUUGUAAUUCUGAUUUUUAAUGUGUUUGUGUGUGAUGCAUACAUAGCUUCAGUGCUUCAAGUUGUGCUAAAAAAAUAGCAGAAACUUCGUCUGUAAACUAUUAAAGGCAUAUCAUUCUACG